AUGUUGAAGCUUAUGGGCUCAGCAUAUGCAGCAAUGAGAGAAGAUAUCCGUGUAUCUACAUGGGAGCUUACAGAAGCGUUUCCUGGUACAGCUGAAGAAAGAGAAGAAAAGAAGAGAAGAGUAGUCUUGGAGUUAGAGUUGAGAACGAUGGAGGUGAAUUUGUUUGUGAAGAAGAAUGAGGAGAGAUCACUGGAGUGUGCAAGACGGGCAAGACUGGAUGAGGAGAGAGCAGUGGAGCAUGAAAGAAAGGCAAGAGAAGACGAGUUCCUUGCUAAUCACAAAAGGAUGACAGACCUUCUGUCUAAGUUUGUUAGUAGAAACAUUGCAGACAGUAGCACCCAAAGCAAUGACAAUGGUGAGGCAUAA